AUGGCGCUUGUGUACUAUGAGAAUGAGUCACCUAGCACAAGAGAGCAAAGAUACAGUAAAAGAGUCAAGUGUGAUACAGAUCAGAGUGAAAAUGUUUCUAGUGGUGAAUGUGUUGUGAAUGAAAAUGUUUCUAGUAGUGAAUGUGUUGUGAAUGAAGUGGUGGUGGAAUCAGCACAAGAAGUUAGUGUAGAUUGUGAAUCAGAAUGUUAUAGGCCUAAAAGUGAUGAAAAAAAGCUGCAAGAUCUAUCAGUUCAAUGUGACAUUGGGAAAAACAACAGGUUAUCUAUUGAAAAAUUGCAGAGUAAUGAUAAAAUGGUGAAAUAUUACACAGGUUUUGAGAAUUAUGACCAUUUCAUGAUGUUUUUUCAAGUUCUUGGUCCCGCAGCACAUGAUUUGAACCUUAAGAGCAACUUACUUUCCCCACAAGACCAGUUGUUUUUAGCUAUGAUGAAACUGAGACAAGCAAAAGAAGACAUUGAGCUGAGUUAUUUGUUUCAAGUUAGUGAAAGUACUGUUUCAAAUAUCAUUGUUACAUGGAUCAACUUUAUGUACUUUCCACUUAAAGAGCUUAACAUUUGGCCCUCUAGAUCAGUAAUAGAUGAAUAUAUGCCCGAUGACUUCUUUGCGAAUUUUCACAAAACUAGAGUAAUACUUGAUGCCACAGAGGUACCAAUAAAUAAGCCCCAGAAUGUAAAUGCCCAGAGUGCUACAUUUUCCAAUUAUAAGAACAAAAAUACACUGAAGGUCAUGAUUGGUUGCACACCAUGUGGCACUGUUAGUUAUAUUUCAGAUGCUUACUGUGGUGCUGCAAGUGAUAGACAAAUCAUUGAACGGUCUGACUUGUUACUAGAAAAAGACAAAUUUCAAGACCAUGACAGUAUAAUGGCCGACAGGGGCAUCAUGGUCCAGGAUUUGUUUGCUUCUCGUAACAUUCAAGUAAACACACCAACAAUUUUAAAAGGAAAAAGCCAGCUUGAGGCACAAGAUGUCGCCAAAGACAGAAGAAUCACCUCCAAGCGUAUUCAUGUGGAGAGGAUCAUUGGACUGGCAAGGACUUUUAAAAUCCUCAAGAAAGAGCUUCCACAGGGAAAAGCUAUUUUAGGCUCCAGAAUUAUUUUCAUUUGUUUUUCAUUACUGAAUUUUAGACCUUGCAUUGUUGACAAAUAUUCAUAA